CUGUAGCUUCGUUGUGUGUUUAAAAUGUCCCUUUAGGUUACUCAAGGUCCCUUUAAGCGAGUAUUUGCAGGGUAGCAGGAAACCAACAACUGGCAUGGCCAUGUUUAUAUGCGCCUGCAGAUACGUAGACCUCAAAUAAACCAAUAUAACCAACACACUUGCAACUGCCAUUCAGCGGCCGACAGUCAGACGGACAGAGACAGAUGGAAGCAAAGACACAGAUGGAAGCGGAAGCGGGGUACGUGAAACAGCUCCACUUUUGAGCAAGAAAAACCACUGCCGUGAUCGCUGGGAGCUCAGUUGCGCUUUAGUUACCACAUAUAACGGUUGGUUCGCCAUAAAAGACAGACAACCUCGGACUGAAACACGGUAUUUUUUAUCGCAUUCGCUAAAUAAAUAUCAGUGAGCGGUUAGAGAAAGCUGGCGGCGCCACAGCAAAGUCACCGCGAAAAAUCAAGACUUUUGCCAAAAUGACGGACUAUCAGACGCUGCACUCGCGUCUCACUCAGGUGGGACAGGAGCACUUGCUUAAAUUCUGGCCUGAGCUCUCACAAAAAGAACGCGCCGAGCUUGUGCGGGACAUAGAUGAGCUGAAUCUGGACGAGAUUAAGCUAUAUUUCGACAAAGCUAUAGUUUCUAUUAACGAAAAUGGAAUUAAGCUAGACGAUCGUCUGCAACCGCUACCCGAGGGCAAGCUGAUAUCCAUUGAGAGAGCCCCAGCUGAAAAAUUGGCCGCAUACCGAGCGGAGGGUCUCCGACAGAUCAGCAACGGCCAUGUCGCUGUGCUGCUAAUGGCGGGAGGACAAGGCACACGACUUGGGUUCGAUCAUCCAAAGGGAAUGUACGACGUGGGACUGCAGUCCCGAAAAACUCUUUUCCGCAUUCAGGCUGAGCGCAUUCUUAAGCUAGAGGAAUUGGCUCAAGAGGCCAAUGGCGAACAUGGUCACAUCAUCUGGUAUAUCAUGACGUCAGAGCACACAGUGCAACCCACUUACGACUACUUUGUGGCCAAUAAGUUUUUCGGCUUGAAGCCAGAGAACGUGCUAUUGUUCGAGCAAGGAUCGCUCCCGUGCUUCGAAUACGAUGGACGCAUCAUUCUGGAUAAAAAGCAUCGGGUAGCACGCGCGCCGGAUGGGAACGGAGGCAUAUAUCGGGCAAUGAAACGCCAAGGAAUACUGGACGAUAUGCGGAAGAGAGGUGUCUUGUAUCUGCACGCCCACAGCGUGGAUAAUAUUCUUAUCAAGGUGGCGGACCCCGUCUUCAUUGGCUACUGUGUCCAGGAGAAGGCUGACUGUGCCGCAAAGGUGGUAGAAAAGGCAGCACCCAACGAGGCAGUCGGAGUGGUGGCCAUUGUUGAUGGCAAAUAUCAGGUGGUGGAGUAUAGCGAGAUCUCGGCCAAAACAGCCGAGAUGCGAAACUCGGACGGCCGGCUGACCUUCAGUGCUGGGAAUAUCUGUAACCAUUUCUUCAGCUCCAGCUUCCUUCAGAAAAUCGGCACCACUUACGAGCAGGAAUUGAAGCUCCAUGUGGCUAAGAAGAAGAUACCUUUUGUCGACAACGCUGGCAAGCGGCUAACGCCUGACAAGCCCAAUGGCAUUAAGAUUGAAAAGUUUGUUUUCGAUGUGUUCGAGUUUGCCCAAAAAUUCGUUGCAAUGGAGGUUCCGCGUGACGAGGAGUUUAGUGCCUUGAAGAACUCCGAUGUAGCGGGAAAGGAUUGUCCCAGCACGGCCCGAUCGGACCUGCAUCGGCUGCAUAAGAAGUAUGUCGAAAAGGCUGGAGGCAUAAUCCACGGCGAUGUCUGCGAGAUCUCGCCGUUCCUUACUUACGCGGGGGAGAAUCUCGCCUCGCAGGUCGAGGGCAAGUCGUUCACCAGCCCUUUAUACCUGCGAGACACCCGCGAUCCCCUGCCCGGACACCUCUAAUUCGUGGAGGGGACAGCAUCGAAGCAUAGACUGAUGGACGACGGAUAGUAGUUGUUUCGAUUAUAUUUGUACAUUUUCUUUUUAGAGUGUUUAGAACGUAAUGGUUUCCAAACUUUAGAAUGCCGAUAUGAAAAUGUAAAGAAUUUCAGUACUUAAAAGGAACGCCUUGUCUAUAUUAAUGUAACCCCAUUAUGUCUGUUGUUUUCUUCGUUUUGGCAAUUAUUUGUGCAAUCGUAAUGUGAAUAUAUACAAUAUUAU